AUGCAGUUUCUCAUAAGUUUGGAGUUAGAAAAAUUGGCUGGAGAUGAUUGGUUUGGUGAGGGUAGUAGAGUAAUCAUUACUACAAAAAAUAGGAGAUUGCUAAACAAUCGUGAAAUUGAGUUGAUAUACGAGGUGAAGAAGUUAGAUUACAACCAAACUCUUGAGCUUUUCAGUUGGCAUGCAUUCGGAAGAAGUGAACCUCCAAAAGAUUAUUUGGAACUCGCACAACGUGCAACAGCUUUUGCUGAUGGCCUUCCACUAGCUCUAGCAAUUUUAGGUUCUCAUCUUCGUGGUAUAGAUAUACGAAGUUGGGAAGUUAUAUUAGAUGGUUAUGAAGGAGAACCUUAUACACAUAUUGAAAGAAUACUUCAAAAAAGUUAUGAUGCCUUGGAUCAUCGCGCAAAAGAAUAUUUUCUUCACAUUGCAUGUUUCUUCAAGGGUGAAUAUGAGCACUAUGUGCUACAAAUGGUACCCAAAAAAUUCAUUGAAGAAUUCAUUGAUAAGGCAUUGAUAACUAUUGAAUGGAGUAAGAUUUUAAUGCACGACUUGCUAGCAAACCUAGGCAAGGAUAUAGUUCACAAAGAAUCCCCCAAUGAUCCUGGCCAGCGUAGUAGAUUGUGGUUUCACGAGGAUGUCAAACAAGUUCUAACGGAUUGUACAGGAACAAGAAAUAUUAAAGGCAUCAUGGUGAAGCUUCCAGAACCAACUGAGAUAACCUUGAAUCCAGAAUGCUUCCGUAAUAUGGUAAAUCUUCAAAUUUUCAUAAACCUUAAUGCAUCUCUAUGUGGGGACAUUACCUAUCUGCCCAACGCGUUAAGAUGGAUUGAUUGGCAUGGAUAUCAGUUACAAUCUUUGCCAUCCAAUUUUCUUGGAAAGCUUCUUGCUGUGUUCAAAAUGCCUCACAGUGAUAUCAGAGAAUUGGAGAGAUUUAAGCAUUUGCCAAACCUGACAUCAAUGAUAUUGAAGGAUUGUCAAUUCUUAGAAAAAAUCCCAGACUUAUCCGGAAUCCCAAACAUAAAGUACUUUCAUCUAGACAACUGUACAAGUUUGGUUGAGGUCGACGAUUAUGUUGGAUACCUUGAUAAACUUGUUGAAUUGACUCUUUAUGGAUGCGUUAAGCUUAUGAGGUUUGGAACAACACUUAGAUUGAAAUCCUUAGAAACACUUAUUGUAAAUUAUUGUGAAAGGCUUGAGAGUUUCCCAGAAAUAGAAGUCGAGAUGGAAUCACUACGGAAUUUGAACAUAUCAGGAAAUGGCAUAAGAGAAUUGCCUCUAUCAAUUGCAUAUCUUACUGGGCUUCAAGAAUUGGGUCUUGGUGGAUGCUUCAAUCUUACAAGGUUUCAUUGCUGGUCCACAUUACGAGAACUUGAUCUUGGUGGAAACAAUUUUGUCACGCUUCCGGAAUGCAUUAGCAAAUUUGUGAGCUUGGAGGCGCUUUACUUGAGUAAUUGCAAGAGUCUUCUAAAAAUUCCACAAGAAGUGCUUCCACCAAGAGUAGGUCGGGUAUGCCUGGAUAACUGCACAUCAUUGGAAAAAAUUCCAAAAUUGCCACUAUCAUCGGAGGUUGAGAAUAAGGAACUGAGUUUGAUCAAUUGUGUUAGAUUACGUGGCUAUCACAUCACAGAAAAUAGUAUUCUGGAUCAGGUAUCUUCUCCGCAUUCUGAAUUUCAAAUUACUCUUCCAGGCGAUGAAAUUCCAAAGUGGUUCCGGUGUUGUGAAGAUGACACUCAUUUGUUCUUAUCAAUGGAAAAGGGGUCCAAUCGACAUUGA